AUGACGGUAGCACGUGAUGUAUGGUUAUCAGGACUCGAUGUGACUAUUGUUGGUAAUCCAGGUGUUGGGAAGAAUACUUUUGUUCAAUCUUUGUUUGGUGAUAAAGUCAGGUUGUAUGAUAAGACUGAUUAUAUUACAUCUCAUGUCGAGAUUGUGAAUCAACUAGAUAACUAUGUUAAAUGGAACUAUCAAUUUUGUCAUCUUGAAUCAAAGUUUUAUAUUGUUUUAAAAGGUGAGUUGACAAAUGAUUCUGGCCUCCAUAAUUAUCUCUAUAGUCGAACAAAUAUAAUAUUUAUAUUGUUUGAUGUCACCAAUCUACAAUCAUUUGAAAGUCUGAUGAAAUGGUGUGGCAAUACAAACAAAUACGGUAAAUACAAGUUCGAGACAGUUGUAAUCAUUGGUACAAAAAGAGAUUUGGUCAAUCAAAGAAAGGUCACAAGAGAACAAGCAAAUGAUUUUGCACUUGGUCUUGGUUUUUCUUACUUUGAAGUUGGUAAAGAUGAUGAUGAUGAUACUUGUAUCGAUAGAGUAUACAGUAUAAUAGCAAGACAUUUAUAUGAAAAUAUUUGCAAGAAUGUCAAAUCAUUUGAAGAAGGUCGUUUAUAUUUGGAAUUAGAUUCAAUCUCUCCUCCUCCUCCUCCUCAAACAACAACAACAACAACAACAACAACAAUCAAAGAUCAACUAUUCUAUUCUGUAUUUAGAUCAAAAUAUAUUCGAACCAAUAUAUUUAAACAAAUUACAACUAUACAUUCAGAUUUAAAUGUACAACUUGCUAGAGGAAUUGGGAUUCCAAACAUUUCAUUUUGGUGUUCUAAUCGAUAUAUCAAUGUUUUGAAAUACUAUCAAAAAACAAAACUACCAAUAGAGAUAAAUAAUAUCGCUAAAUUAUCAUCGAUUCUUCGGAUGCCAGACAACUCAGAGUUGUUACAAUACAUUGUUGAAAAUAUUGGUCGUCUUUUAGACCAAAAUGAAAAAAAUCAAAUAAUGAAUCAAGUAAUCGUUGGAGGUGAUUUGUCAAUUGUCAAAUACCUUUACAGUAAAGGAUAUUAUUGGACAAAUGAAGGAUUACUGAUGGCCAUUGCAUUCAACCAUAUCGAUAUUGUUAAAUUCCUAGUCAAUUAUGACAAGAUAGAAGAGUGGAGGAGUUUAACUGACCCCCGUACAAUAGAUAUGUGUAUUGGUGCAGCUAAAUCAUACAACAGAAAAGAAAUUGAAAUUUUAUUAUCUCCUCCCACUUUAAAGAAACCCACAUUUAAAUUAUUUGAUAAACUAUCAAACAUGUUUUCAAAAUAA